AUGUCUUCCCUUUCUUUGGAGGAUAAAACGACCAACAUUACAAGGAAAGGAAUUACAUCUAUCUAUACGAGCACAUGUAUCAGCGCAACUAUACCUGAAGCCAACGGGAUGCAGCAUCUGUUACAAAAAUAUUCUCAAAUUACAACACCAUUCCAGUAUACAGAAACCGUUCGUCACAAUGCUGAGCACCACAUUGAUACUACGGGCCCACCCACGCAUUCAUCUCCACGGCGAUUGAAGCCUGAUAAAUAUAAACUGGCGAAAGACGAGUUUCAGCACAUGCUGGACCUCGGUAUAAUUAGACCUUCUUCGAGUCCUUACUCAUCCCCUCUUCAUAUGAGAAGCAGUGACGGAUUAAAAUAUUAUCUAUCUAUCUAUCUAUCUAUCUAUCUAUCUAUCUAUCUAUCUAUCUAUCUAUCUAUCUAUGCGUGGUGUAUGCGUGGUUGGCUUUAUCGCCUUGCUUGGGGUGAAAUGAUUAUAUCUAUCUAUCUAUCUUGA